GUCAGUGAGCCUCACAUUAUCCUUCAUCACCAUGAACUCACACACUGUAGUUUCUUUUGACCCAGUCCCACAUUCACCGUCCUGCUGCCCUCACCAGAGCACCAAAUGUGGAUUCAUCCACAGCUGAAUAGUGCCCCACAAAUAUACAAGCUGUCAGCUGUUAUGGGAAAUUGCUGAGGCUUUUUAAAAAAUAAAACUUAAGCAGUUAUUUGAAAAUGUACAUCUUCAUUAGGAACAAAUGUCCUUGGGAUUGACAUGACGGACUAACACAUGUUGGUUUGGUUUGGUUUCAUAGGAUUUGUUGACAGUAAGAAAACUAUAGAUGCUUCAUCUGCUGCUUAGAAAUUAAAAGUGUAACAUUCAUCAUGUAUUUGGUAGUGGUUUUGUUGUAGCUGCUGGAGUUGGUGGAGCGGGAGUGAAAAUAGGGUGACUCUGAAAUCCUUCUGCAAAUGUUCUCUCUCUCUCUCUGCCCAUCCCUGUUCUCAGGUCAAGUCUGUCAUCAACCUGCUGUUUGCUGCCUACACAGGAGACGUCUCUGCCCUGAGGAGGUUUGCGCUGUCAUCCAUGGACAUGGAGCAGAGGGACUACGACUCUAGAACGGCCCUCCAUGUAGCAGCAGCAGAAGGACACACAGAGGUGGUACGCUUCCUCUUGGAGGCUUGCAAGGUGAACCCAGUACCCAGAGACAGGUGGGGGAAAACGCCGAUAGAUGAAGCAGUGCUCUUCGGCCACCACGAUGUAGUCACCAUCCUGCAGCACUACAACGACAAUUACAGGCAGCCUGCUAGUGCUUACGACAAGGAGAGCGCUCAGAAGUACCUGGACAGCCUGCUGUAGGCCUGCUGCACACGUCUCCAACGCUUUAUCUUUGUGCACAACCGUGGACCAAUUUCCAGAAUUACGUCGUACAUUAGUGACCAUACUUUUGAAAUAUGUGAUGAAUUAGUUAUUAGCUUUACUCUUGUUGCCGUGUCCCGUCUGGUGCGCUUUGCUUUCUGGCUCUACUUCAUAUCUCCUCCUCAGCUCUGUCGUAUUGUAACGUGUGCCGUAUGUGUGAGGGAGUGAGCGCCUCAUCAAUACAGUUUAAACAAUAAAUACAAUAUCUGAAUAACUGUAA